AUGGCAGGCCAAGAUAUCCCAGAAGACUUCCUCCGGGGACCAGCCUCAAAUGCAACCCUCAACAUACUCGAUUUCGAGCGCACAUCCCCACCGAUCCCCGAAUACAAAGGCUACUUUGCCGCUAUAGUGGACAACUUCAUGACCGAAGCCGAAUGCAAAGAGCUCAUCCGUCUAGCAGAAGAGUCAACAAGAACCCAACUCCCAGACUCAACACUCUCGCCCCCACAAGUAAUGUCCGUCGACACGCGCAAGGGCGGACGGGUCAUAUUGGACUCGCCCGAUCUUGCAGACCGAAUCCUGGAGCGAAUGAUGCCUUUCAUGCGCGAGUGCGAAAUCGACCGCCUCCAGGGAAAACCCCUAGUUACGGGUCUUGGGCCUGCGAAACGGGGCGAAGUGCUCCGUCUCAGCCGGCUGAAUGAACGUCUUCGGUUCCUGCGCUAUGAGGGUGGGGAUUAUUUCCGACCUCAUUGGGAUGGGUGUUUUGUUACACCUGAUGGGUUGGAGAAGUCGCUCUACACUAUUCACUUAUAUUUGAAUGGAGAAGGGGGACAGGAUAUGGAGGAGUUGCAGCCUCAUGUUGAGCGGGCAGAGAAAGCGAAUCGGUUGUUCGCUUUCGGGCAGAGAUGGGAUGUUGAUCCGCAAGAUGCUGAGGUUGAGUCCGAUGAGGCUCAAAUUGGUGACCGGAGUAGUACUGCAGCUGCAGAGUCUGGGCAGACUGAGACUCUUUUAGGUGGUGCAACCUCGUUUAUGGGUGGGAUGAACUCGAGAGAAUCCGUUCGGAUAUUUCCCAAGACGGGUUCUGUUCUCAUCUUUCAGCAAAGAAACUUGUUCCAUGGUGGGGAUGAUGUGUUUAAAGGUGUCAAGUAUACCGUACGGACGGAUGUCAUGUAUACUACCGAGUAA